CUCACCGUGAAGAAACGACGAUGGAAAAGCACCCUGGAUGGCAAACGCUGUUCCUGAUACUCACAGUGCUGCCCUGUUGCAGGAGUGUGCAGGUUUCCAUUCCACAGAAAGAAUACGAGGUUGCAAGAGGAGGCAGUAUUGACUUGAUCUGCUCCUGGAUCCCAGCAAAUCCAGCCACUACUGAUUAUGUCCUCACAUGGGACGCCUUCCCAGACACUGAUGGAGACCCACUGAAACUUGUGGCCUCCAAAUGGAGUGGCAAACCAGUUGAAAUUGCACCAUCUUAUGAAGGCAGAGCCUCCAUGGAAGUAAACGAUCAAGUGAGCACGCUGCACUUAACAAAGGUGACCAUGCAGGACAAUCGUCGUUUCCAAUGCAGUAUCCUUAUUCCUGGUGAUGAUGAUGGAACACCAGCUGUCACCACUACCCUUUUGGUCCUGGUGGCUCCAUCGCCACCGAUCUGCAAGCUUCAGGGAAGUGCUGAGUAUUUUUACAAUAUCACACUCACCUGCAUGUCUGAGGAGGGGUCCCCAGAACCCACCUAUGACUGGAAGAGCUACAGUGUCGACAACAUUCCCAGACAAUUUCCACCAAAAGCAUUUCAAAAGGAUGGAGCUCUAUCUCUCUUCAAUAUAACAAGGGAGACAUCUGGGUUCUACAUUUGCACAUCAAAAAACCGAAUCGCUUCUGCCAGCUGCAACUUCACUUUGGCUGUGGUUCCCGGUAGCAUGAAAAUUGGAUCCACAGCAGCUAUAAUUGGAGGAGUCCUCGCUGGGCUCCUGGUUGCAGGGAUUCUCAUCUUCUGUCUCUGCCGGAGAAGGAGCAAAAAGAAGAAAUAUGCUGAGGGUUCCCCAGAAGAAAUGAGGUAUUACGCCGAAGGUGGAGAACCAUACCAAGACGACAAGCCAAACAGUGAGAAAAAACAUCCCAGCCAGUAUGAAGAUAACAAUGUGGCACCUCAAGAAAGUUCCAGAGUAGAAGAAACUGGACUGACGUUUGCAGAUGAUCAGCACAGUAACAAUAGCAGCAAAGAAAAGUACGAAGGCAAGGGCAGUGAUAUCGACUCUCACCGGUACCAGGACGACCAACGUGAUCACUAUCGGGGAAGUCGCGAUCGCCUCGACGAUCAGCGUGAACGUUACGGUGGUAGUCGUGAUCGCCUUGACGAUCAGCGUGAACGUUGCGGUGGUAGUCGGGAUCGCCUCGAUGAUCGGGAUCGCCUCGAUGACCGGCAUGAACGUUACGGUGGUAGCCGGGAUCGCCUUGACGAUCAGCGUGAACGUUACGGUGGUAGUCGGGAUCGCCUUGACGAUCAGCGUGUACGCUAUGGUGGUAGUCGUGACCGCCUUGAUGACCAGCGCGAACGUUAUGGCGGAAGUCGUGAUCGCCUCGAUGAUCACCGUGACUAUAAUCGUGGUAGCCGUGAUCGACUUGAUGAUUACAGUCGAGAUUACCGUGGUGAUCGAUAUGGCGGCAGCCGUGAUCGACUUGAUUAUGGUGACAGAAAUCAAUAUGAUUAACCUUGUGUUACUGGAUGCUUUUUGAAAGCCAUGCAAAUUUGUUUUUUAUGUACUUCAAAAUAUUUUACUGUUUUCAUUUUUGGCUUAUUUGUUUUUUUACUUCACACCUGAUCAGACCUGCAAAGUCCAUCAAGGGCUUGGAGCCAUAGGGGCCACAGGGGCCUAAGUGACGUUUUCAUCAAAAUGUCUGUGUGUGUGUGUGUGUGUGUGUGUGUGUGUAAAACAAAAGCUCUUGGUGUGCGCUAUACUGUCAAAAUUACAGAAGUAAAAUAUUAAUGGAAAUAGAGUUAUUUAACAAAAGCAAAAAGACUUAACUCUGAAUGCACACAAGAAGUUGGUGCCAAAAGAGCAUAAGUGCACUUAUGACAAAGACAAGAUUAUUGUUCAUUAAGCAUUGUGUCAUGAAUUUAUAAAAAGAAACAUGUUUUAAAAAACUAAAAUCAGUAUGCAAAGUAAGAGCAAACUAUGGUCAAUUUUUUUUUUUGUUUUGGCUCUCCUGUAAAGUUGGUGAAACGUCACUUACGCCCCUUUUGGCUCUAAGCCCUCGCCAUGGUCAGACCUCUGUAGCUGAGCUAACCAAACUUGCUUAACAAGUUAAUCCACUAAUGGGAGUCAUUUUGAUUUAUACAGUACUGUGCAAAAGCACACCUAGCUCAAGGGAUGAAUUGAAUAGAAAAUGAUAAAUGUACUGGCACUUAUAUAGUGUCUUUAUGCUCACUUGAGCCCUCAAAGUGCUUUCUUAGUACAA